AUGAUUGUUGACUUGCCUAAAGACGGUAAUAGCAAUUCCAUUCUGGUCAUUGUGGAUAGCUUCACCAAAUAUGUUGUCCUAGUGGAAUGUUCCAAGAAGCUCAAAGCACCAGCACUAGCGGACCUAUUCCUACAACAUGUCUGGAAACGCUAUGACCCCCACUUCUCCUCAGCCUACCACCCCCAGAGCAACGGUCAGACAGAACAAGUAAACCCCACAGUUGAGCAUUUCCUACGGGCCUACUCAGGAAUUAAUCAGAAGGAUUGGGUCAAGUGGUUACCUAUGGCGGAAUUUGCCUACAACAACGCAGUACAUAGUAGCACUGGCAAAUCCCCAUUCAAGGCACUAUACAGAUGGGAACCUUCACUUACCCCAAGCAAUGUCCCAACAGAUGUCCCUGAAGCAGACAACUUGGCCGCCCAGAUGGAAGCUCAAUGGCGGGAAAUAGAAGUGGCACUCCGGCAGUCUAAAGCACGCAUGACAGCCAGAGAAACGGGAGAACCAGUCAACUUUGAAGUUGGAGAGGAGGCCUGGCUAGACGCCAAAAAUGUGAAGCUGAAGACCCUGAGUCCCAAGCUAACCAAACAACGCCUAGGCCCCUUCAGAAUAACCAAGAAAAUCUCCAAUCAAGCUUACCGCUUGGAACUCCCUCCAACCAUGAGAAUCCACAAUGUCUUCUACAUGGGAUUACUGUCAAAAGUUAAAAGGGACAAAAAGCGCACCUUCAAAAACCAUCCUCUGCCUGUUACCGUGGAUGGAGAAGAAGAAUACAAGGUAGAAGGAAUAACUGAUGCCAAGGAACAAGACGGAAAAUGGUUCUUUAGGGUCAAAUGGAAGGGUUACAGAUCUGAAGAAAACAUGCACUAUCACCCCCACACCGUUUCCACCAUUCCCUCCACCCGCUCUGGAGUCCCACACCCCUACUCUCGGCCUUCCUCUCGCUCCUCUCGACGUUCCAUUCCAUCCCACUCCCAACCGGCCUCUCGCAGCACAUCUCCCGCUCCGCAAGACUUGCCCAGGAUGGAACCAGAACCGUCCCUUGCCGCUCUCCUCAAGGCUAUCACAGCCCUCACAGCCACAGUUGGGUCCCUGCAGGACCAAGUCCGUGCCCAGAGCCAGCAAAUCACCGAGCUCAGGGCCAUAUGCAAAGAAACAGCGGACCUCCUUGGGGAUAAAGAUCAAGGAGCCCCCCAAACCAAGCCUGGCCCAUCGACUGGGCCUAUCACCCCUCCUACACAUACAGGAGGGGAAGUCCACACUCCAGGCACGGUUAGGCCUGGACUCAAGGCCCUGUUCCGCCCCUCUAGAGGAACGGGUUAUGACUCAGAAGAGGAAGAAGAACCCAGGAGAGUCCCAAAGAAGGAGCCUCGCGGAACGCCUAGGAGCCUAAGCUCUCUCACCCCCUUUGACUCAGGGUCCAGCGUAAAGCGGCCCAAAAUGGAGCUCCCAGAUCCAUACAAGGGAGACUCCAGGGGACGAAAGGCAACCCAGUGGCUGGAUCAGGAACAAAUGGUUGUGUGGAUUCUAUACCACAUGACAGAUAAAGCUGCCAACUGGGCUCUCCCCAUUAUUGGGACUAUUAUCAAGGGGGAGGGGAAUCCCCCCACUACCAUCCCGGCCUUAACGGCCAAAUUCAAAGAAGCCUUUGCCGAUCCAGAUGCAAAGAGGGCGGCCGCUAGGAAGAUUGCCGCAUUGACUCAGACCACCACCACGUCUGAGUACGUCACAGAAUUCCGCAAUCUCAUGGCGGAACUUGACUGGAAUACUGAGGCGUACAUUGCCCAGUUUACGCGCGGUCUUCACUGGAAGGUGAAAGAACUCCUGUCCACCAAGGACAAUAUUCCCGACAAUGACCUAGAGGCUAUAUUUGCCGCCUCGGUCAAAAUUGACAACACUCGUUGGGAGAACGAGGAAAACCGCCCCAAAAAGGCUCCCACCAAGGCCCCGGUCGCCACAACCACCUCUACCUCCACCACUACCACCAGGGUCCGUUUAUCCAAGGACCCCAACUAUGUCACCCCGGAGGAAAGGGACCGGCGCCGUGCAUCUGGCCUUUGUGUCAAAUGCGGCCAAAAAGGGCAUGGGAUCAAACAAUGUCCCAAUGGAUGGAAAGCCACCAUCAAGGAAGUCGCCAAGCCCUUGGUGAAAUCUAUAGAAUCACAUGUAUCAGAUCCGGUUGUUGAAUUUGUUUCUAUUGCUCUCGAUUCAAAUAAAAAACCAUUACUAUAUCUUGAUCUGAUUAUGUUGAAUCAACCGGCGGACACCCUCAAAACUCUCAUCGACUCGGGAGCCACGUCAAACUUUAUCUCCCCCUCAAUUGUAGAAAAAUACAAAAUCCCCAAAACCCUACUCAAAAAUCCACAAGUAGUGAGAAUGUUAGAUGGUACCAUUUCACAGACUGGUCGCAUUUGGCACCAGGUACUCCUCACGGUUUCGGCCAAUGGCCAUAUACACUCCAUCCCCUUCUUAGUCUGCCCCAUUGGGACCACACCCGCCAUACUUGGCAUGACAUGGCUCACUCAGGAGUCACCCCUCAUAGACUGGAACCUAGGCACUGUCACCUUCCCAGAACAAAUCCAGAUUGCCUCGGAGGAAGAAGCGGAUCCUGACCCGUUAGCAGACAUACCCACGGAAUAUCACGAGUUUGCCAGGGUAUUUGGCAAAGAGGAAUUUAAGGUUCUCCCUCCCCACAGGGAAUAUGACAUUGCCAUUGACCUACUCCCUGACGCCAAACUCUCACCCGGUCCUAUCUACGGCAUGACCGAUGCAGAAUCCAAAGCGCUAAAACAACACAUUGAUGAGGAACUGGCAACGGGCAAGAUCCGCCCUAGUACCUCCUCAGCAGGCGCCCCGGUCAUGUUUGUGAAAAAGGCAGAUGGAUCCCUCAGGCUGGUUGUGGACUACCAAAAGCUCAAUGACGUAACCCACAAAAAUGUUUACCCCCUACCAAGGCAGGAUGACCUUAUGGCCAAACUCAGGCAUGCAAAAAUAUUCACAAAGCUUGACUUGCAAUGGGGAUAUAAUAACGUUAGGAUCAAGGAAGGCAAUGAAUGGAAGACAGCGUUCCGCACUAAAUAUGGCUUAUUCGAGUACUUAGUCAUGCCAUUUGGACUUACCAACGCCCCAGCUGCCUUUCAGCAUUUUAUGAACGAUCUGUUCAGGGAUCUCAUUGACGUCACUGUAGUCAUUUACUUGGACGACAUACUGAUCUUCUCAGAAGACCCCAAGGAUCAUCCAGGCCACGUCAGGGAAGUUCUAUCACGGCUAAUGAAGAACCAGUUGUUCUGCAAGCUGUCAAAAUGCCACUUCCACGUCACCACGGUGGAUUACCUGGGCAUUGUCAUAUCCCCAGCUGGCUUUUCCAUGGAUCAAAAGAAGAUCAAAGCGGUCACCGCCUGGCCCCAGCCCAAGACAGUCAAACAGGUCCAGGCUUUCUUAGGCUUUGUCAAUUAUCUCCGCCGGUUUAUCCCCAACUUUAGUUUGGUUGCGCGCCCCCUACAUAAUCUCACAAAAAAGGAAACCCCUUGGUCAUGGGGUAACCUGGAGGAAGCUGCUUUUCAGGAAUUAAAGUCCCUUGUCACCCGGUCACCCGUCCUAAUCCAUUCCAACCCCAGCCUUCCCUACUACCUAGAAACAGACGCAUCAGGCGUAGCCAUGGGUGCCAUUUUAAGUCAACGAGGAGAGGAUAACUGCCUUCACCCAGUAGCAUAUAUGUCCAAGUCCUUUUCCGGAGCAGAAGCCAACUAUGACACCCAUGAUAAGGAGCUUCUAGCAAUUAUUAAAGCCCUGGAAGAAUGGCGUAUUUUCCUGGAGGCAACAAGCAAGCCAAUUCAGGUGUUCACAGAUCAUCGAAACCUAGAAUACUGGAUGCAGGCUAGGACCUUCAAUCAAAGACACGCUAGAUGGCGCGUUUUCCUGAGCGAUUUCAAUUUUGAAAUCCACUAUCGUCCAGGGAAACAGUCAGGAAAGCCGGACGCUCUCUCCAGAAGAUUGGAUUACAUUGACGCGCCACCAGAUCCAGAAGUCAUGCUGCCCGCGGAGGUCUUUGCCAAUACCUCAGAAGAAGAACUGGAAAUCGUUACAGAAGUACGCUCCAAACUAAGGGAUGACCCAUCCCUCAAGCCUAUCAUCCAGUUCUUAACAGAAGACGCCGAUAAUGCACCACCUUCCAUCAGAAAAGCCUAUCGAGACUAUGACUGGGAAGAGGACCUCCUUUGGUACCGCGGAAAACUAGUUGUCCCAGAUUUGGAACCCCUCAAGGAACAACUACUAAGGGAAUUCCACGACUCCCCUUUAGCAGGACACCCCGGGCAACAACGGACCCUUGAACUACUGAGUCGUAACUACUGGUGGCCAGGAAUGAAGUCCACUGCCAAGGAAUGGGUAGAAUGCUGCCCUGUAUGUCAGGCCAAUCGACAAGCGCAUGCCCCUACCAUUGCCCUAAAACCCUUAGAAGUUCCCCCCUUUCCAUUUCACACCAUCUCCUAUGACUUCAUCACGGGUUUUCCCAAGUCAGAAGGACAUGAUGCAAUCCUGGUAGUUAUUGACUCGUUCUCCAAGUUAGGCCACUUCAUCCCUACCUUGAAAAAGGUUUCUGCAAAGGGCUUGGCUAAUCUCUUUGUUUCCCACAUUUGGAAACUUCAUGGGCUUCCCGUCAAAACUAUAUCAGAUCAAGGGACUACAUUCACAGGGAAAUUCCUUAGGGCUCUCUACCAACGAUUAGGGAUUAAACCUUCCUUCUCCUUGGCCUAUCACCCUGAAUCAGACGGACAGACGGAACGUGUCAACCAAUUUAUCGAGUUCUACCUAAGGUCUUAUGUAGCAGCGGAUCAUUCAGAUUGGGUUAAGUGGUUACCACUUGCGGAGUAUGCCUAUAACAACGCCAAACACUCAGCUACUGGAAGAACCCCAUUCGAAUUAAUUUAUGGCAGAAACCCAAUCAUGAAUCCGUCAAACAUCCCUGCAAACGUCCCAGAAGCAGACCUUGUGGCAGAUACCCUAGCCAGGGAAUGGAAGGAAGCCGAGGCAGCCCUCAGAAUGAGCAAGGAACGGAUGACAAGGGAUAAAGGAACAGUUCCGGAAUAUUCAAUAGGAGAAAAAGUCUGGCUAGAUGGAAAAAACGUAGAACUUAGGACAAAUUCCAACAAGUUAGACCCCAAGCGACUAGGUCCCUUUGAGAUAGUAGAGAAGGUAUCCAGUCACGCGUACCGCCUCAAACUACCAGAAACCCUUAAAAUCCACAACGUAUUUUAUGUGGGUUUAUUAUCCAGGGUACAUAUAUCCCCAAGUCAACCAUUUCCAGAAAGACCCCCUCCUGAAACAAUAGAAGGGGAAGAAGAGUAUGAGGUGGAACAAAUCAUUGACUCCAAAAGACAACGGGGAAAAUGGUUCUACCUAAUCAAAUGGAAGGGUUAUGGCCCGGAAGACAAUUCCUGGGAACCGGAAGAACUCCUAGAGCACAGCCAAGAGGAAAUCCAACGAUUCAACAAGUCACAACUGAAAAAGGCUUGCAACUCCGCCAAGAGCCUUUAA